AUGGCUCGAAAUCUUGGAGAAAGGGCCAGAACAUUAAAUUUAGCCACAGUAAUGGCUCCAAGAGAAAAAGAGUACAUGUUAAGAGAAAUAUGGACAUAUAGUUGCCCUGAAAUCACAACUAUAGAUUGUGACACAACACCCAGCCCACUCCUGCUGUCAGCCUUCCCUGAUGAAUAUACAGGUGAUAUAGAAUGGAUUACAAAUAUUCCACCCAACGUAAAUUUGAGAUUAAAAGAAUAUUUGUUCCCCGAACACCUACCGUAUGUGGAGCUAGCAUAUGUUUCUGGUUCUAAUAAUGCAACAGUGAGGACUCGUCAGCCACUGGAUGUUGAUUUUCUUGAGAGUGACCAUCUCUUUUACGCUGUUGUUUGCCAAAGACCUGGAAUGGUAUCUGCAAUAAAUUUCACUGUUAUAAAAGUGGAAGCUCAGGAUAAAGAUCUGUCACCUGAUUUCAGCCUUAUUAGUUACAGUCUUUGGGGACCAAACUCUGAUUACUUUUAUAUAAGGGAAGGAGAUGGAAACAUCAUGGUGAAUAAAACUUUGGAUUACAACAAGAUCAACCAUUUCAAUUUAACAGUCCAAGCAAAGGAAAGAUUUGGAACUAACAGUGAUAAUGCCUCAGUAAUAAUUCAUGUACAGGAUUAUGACACAUUGAACCCCUAUUUCAGACAAUCAGUGUACAAUGGAACAAUCAAUGAAAACAAGGUGGGUCCUGUGGCUAUUCUCCCAGAGAAUAUAUCUGCUGCAGAUGGAGACAUAGGUAUAAAUGAAAAAGUGUUGUACAGCAUCAAAUUAGUGAAACCCCCAGCCUAUAUCAAAAGUUUUUCAAUCGAUGCUGACAGUGGAGUAUUGGAAGUGAAGACUGCAGUUGACAGAGAAGAAUGUCCCUAUCUUCUUCUAGGCAUUAUGGCAGCUCAGCAGGACAAUAAUCUCAAAACAGCUGAUGCAAUAGUGCUGGUUACUAUUGAAGAUGUAAAUGACAAUCCUCCAGAAUUGUCAAAGCCAAGCUACAGUGUCUCAAUUCCAGAAAAUUUGCGAGAUGGGAGUCAAGUUCUUGAAGUAACAGCCUCUGACAAAGAUGAGGGAGGCUUCCAGGGAACAUUCAGUCUCACACCAGCUGACAGUCCGUUCCAGCUAAGUCAUGAUGGGGUCCUAACUGUGAGGAACUCCUCACUGUUGGAUAGGGAGAAAACACCAUCUUUUCAUCUACAGGUCAAUGCUACAGAUCAUUUGUCACCAUACUACAACGCACAGUCUACAAUCAGCAUCUUCUUGCUGGAUGAAAAUGACAACGCCCCAACCUUUACAGGCACGCCAUAUAAACAAGUUAUUUUCAUCAAUAUGACUGCAGGAAUGUCCAUUCUUCAGGUUGCUGCUACUGAUCCAGAUGAUGGUAUAAACGGACAGAUAAGCUUUACCUUAGCUGGUGGCAAUGAUGAUGGAUACUUUGAUUUGGAUACAUCCACAGGACAAAUCAGUUUAAAAACAGUAAUCCUAUUAGGAGUCAAUGAGUCUAAGGACUUUGUCUUGUGGAUAACAGCUACUGAUGGUGGGGUAAUUCCAAGAAGUUCAUCAGUGCCAGUACACAUCGCUGCAGUUGGAGAUUCCAAACCCCAGUUUAUUCCAAAAAUGUAUAAUGCAUCUGUGGAAGAAGAGAUAGUCAGUCCUGUUGAAGUAACAAGAGUGGAAUAUGAAUCUCUAAAUCCUCAUAUACCAGUUACACUGAAAGUACUGACAGAAUCAGCUACAUUUGAUGUCGAUGUCAAUGGUGUCAUCUGGACAAAAACUAAACUGGACUAUGAAUCCCAGAAUAAUUACACACUAAAUGUUUCCUUGUCAGAUGGAAGUACUACUGACUAUGCUACCGUGUUCAUCAAAGUUACAGAUGUCAAUGAUAACCGUCCUGUGUUUGGUGUAAUCAACACUACCAUUAAUAUUCCGGAGAACAUGCCUGCUGGAACUUCUGUCAUCACAGUGUUGGCUACUGAUGUAGACAGUGGUUUUAAUGGAUUAGUGACUUAUGCUCUGAGAGGUACAGAGGAAAAAAUGGAUAUUGACUCUUCAGGAUUAAUUUUGCUGAAAAAGGAAUUGGACAGAGAAAUACAAGACUUCUAUAAUUUAACAGUGAUUGCCAGUGACCAAGGCCAACCCAUGCUUUCUACAGCUCUCAAUUUAAGAGUCAUCAUUGAUGAUGUGAAUGAUAACCAUCCAGUCUUCUCAUCAAGUAGAUAUGAAGUGAGCGUCCCUGAAGACAAAGCACAUGGAAGUGAACUACUGACAGUAUCUGCUACAGAUUUGGAUGCUGGGGCCAAUGCUCUCGUGACGUACAGAAUUGUUAACCAGCAGCCUUCAACCUCCUCGCCAAUGUUUCUUGUCAAUUCGACCACAGGCCAGCUCUUCCUGAGCCAGCAGCUGGAUUAUGAAACCACAAAGCGAUUUGAUGUAGAAGUGGAGGCAUCAGAUGGAGGGCAGCCAAGUCUCAGCACCAAGACACUUGUUGUUGUCCACAUACUAGAUGUCAAUGAUAACCCACCAAAAUUUGAUCAGGCAGCAUAUGAUAUAUUUGUGCUUGAAAACAUACAAAAGGGCAGCCCUAUCUACUCAUUCAGUGUUACUGAUGAGGACGAGGUGUGGGCAGUUGAUGAAGUGAAUGGACUUAGUUCAAGUGCUUUGUUCCACAUCACAGUUCUGGAUGUCAAUGAUAAUAACCCUGAGUUUCAGAGGCAGCCAUACCGUUUUGCAGUUCUGGAGGGAGAUCACAGGUUGACUGCUCCUGCUGUAGUUGGACAUGUAACUGCUACUGAUUUGGAUGAGGGAGAGAAUGCACGAAUUACUUAUUACUUAUCAGCUGAGGAUGGGGAUAAUCCAUAUAGCAUCCAACAGAAUGGAACUAUUUUGGCUAGUGGCUAUGUAGACCGAGAAACCAAAGAGAAGUACGAGCUGCUGUUGGUGGCAUCUGACAACGGAAUUCCUCAAAGGCAGAAUUUCUCAUACGUCAGCAUUCAAGUAUUAGAUGUGAAUGAUAACGCUCCUCAGUUCACAAAGGCGCAAUACUCAGCCAGUGUACGUGUAGCAACAGCAAAAGAAGGAGCGUCUGUACUAUCAGUGUCUGCUACUGACCUUGACAUUGGGAACAAUUCUAUCGUUUCAUACAGCCUGAUGAACCAUUCUGAUGAUUUCCAUAUAAAUAACCAUACUGGAGAAAUCAUCCUCAGCAGUAACUUGACCCAUAUCACAGCUGACACGGUUGUUACGCUAAUAGUUAUUGCUGCUGAUCAUGGAGUUCCUCAGCUUACAUCAAAUGUUUCUGUCACUCUCUACUUGCUGGUAAAUGACACUGGCUUCGGGCUGACUUUUGAAAGCUCCACCUAUGAGUUCAGCAUUCCAGAAGAGGAACCAGUUAGGACUGCUGUUGGCUCUGUGAAAGCUCUGACUGGAAGCAUAGCCAUACAAGUAGCAUACUCUCUGAAAUCACAUACUGACAAGUUCUCUGUUAAUGACCAAGGAGACAUUGUGACUCUUGCCAGGCUAGAUCGAGAAGAUGAUGACCUAUAUAACAUUCUUGUAGAAGCUGUUGAUUCUGUGGUGCCACCCAAUACAGCUGUUGCUUUGGUAACAGUGAGAAUAAAUGACAUCAAUGACAAUCCUCCAGUUUUCUCAACACUGAUUCAAACAAAACUAUCUUUUCCUGAGAAUGCAAAUAGUCUAGAUUUGGGCACAUUUUAUGCUACUGAUAUGGAUAUAGGAGAUAAUGCACUGAUAAGCUAUUCUUUACAAGAUGAUUUUGCUGGAGUGUUCCAUAUUGACAGUUCCACGGGCAAGCUGAUGACAACAAAAUCCUUAGACAGAGAAAUGAUGGACACUUAUGAACUGAAAAUAAAUGCCACUGACUCUGGCAGACCACCACUAUCUGAAAGUUUAGUUCUAAGCAUCACCGUAGAAGACGAGAAUGACAACCCACCUGUGUUCCCCCAGAAGUCAUACUCUGUGACUGUAAAAGAGAACGAGCCUCCACAUGUGAUUUUGAAUGCAACAGCCACAGAUAAGGACAUAGGGUACAAUGCCAUUAUUCAUUACACCAUAACUGGAGAGACUUCAUUUUAUGUCGGAGAACUUUCUGGAGCUAUUACAACUCUUCAGCCUUUGGACUAUGAAAGCCAUGCCCAGUAUACAUUUAUUCUGAAAGCUUUCAAUCCUGGAGAGCCAUACCUUCAAGACACAGCAAACAUUACAGUUAUCGUGGAAGAUGUUAAUGAAGAAGGACCUGUAUUUGAAAAGCCCUCAUAUUUCCAGAUCCUCCCAGACAAUUCUACAGCUGGCACACUGAUAGUAGAUAUCAAUGCAAGAGAUGAAAACAAAGGUUAUGAUGAAGGCAUUUUCUACAAUAUUACAGAUGGAAACUCAGAAGGCCUCUUUAGUCUUUCCAGUACCACAGGAGAGCUCACAUUAACAAGAGACUUACACAGCCAGGCUGUUCUCCUGUAUUACUCCUUGACAAUCACUGCAACAGAUUCAGGUCUGCCACCGCUUUCAACUUCUGUAAAGGUGUCAGUAACCGUAGCUCCCAUCAACAUUUCAUUCCCAGUGUUCUCGGAAGCAGUCUAUCAGCCUACACCUCUGAGUGAGAAGAUACUGCCAGAUUCAUUUGUUGUACAGAUCAGCGUGUUGUAUAAUGUCCCUGUGAUAUACAGCAUUGUGUCUGGAAAUGAAAAGGGGUAUUUCAUUAUUGAUUCAUCCAUUGGGAUCAUAAGAACAGAAAAGAAAUUGACAGUGGAAGAUUUCCCAGUUAUUUUAAAUGUGAGAGCAACAGAUUCGUCCAACACCAGCAUAUUCAAUGAAGUUUCUGUGCAUGUGGAUGUCAUUGAUGAAAAUGAUUUCCCUCCAGUUUUCCCAUCUUCUCUGCUAGAACAAAGAUUGGAAGAGAAUUUACCUGCUACUGAGAUUGUCCAGCUGAAAGCUCAGGAUAAUGAUACAGGUAGAAAUGGUUUACUAACAUAUGGCAUUCUCAGUGGAGACACACUAAAAUUCCGGAUAGAUGAAGCAACUGGAAUUCUUUAUUCCACUGUCUCCUUUGAUUAUGAAGAGGAACCUACAGAGUAUCAGGUUGUGAUAUAUGCUGAAGAUGAUGGAAUCCCUGAGAAGAAAAGGGGUUACUGCACAGUUGUCAUAAAGAUCAUUGAUGUUAAUGACUGGCCACCUGUGUUUGACCUGGUGACUCCAUUCAGUGUUAAUGAAAAUGUGGCUGUGGGAUUCAUAGUUGGAAAAGUCACAGCAACCGACAGAGACACAGGAGACAAUGCCUUUAUUCUUUAUAGCCUUAAAGAUGGUGGAGGAAAUAUAUUUGAAAUAGAUGAAAUACUUGGGAACAUUAAGAUAAAGAAUUCUCCAGACUACGAAACCAUGAAUAAGUACAGCCUGACAGUGAAUGCAGUCAACAACAAAUCUGCCCCUUUCUAUCAGGCAACCACCACUGUCACUGUUCUAGUGAUUGAUGUGAAUGAUAAUGCUCCAGUGUUUGAUCAGAAUUCCUACUCCACUUCUAUAAACAUGAUUAAUCCUGUAGGUGCUCACAUCAUAACUGUGCAAGCUUCCGACAAAGAUCAGGGGCAAAAUGGCCUUAUUGAAUACUACAUCCUCCCAGAUAUAAGCUUCAGCGCAUUCUUCCUGAUAGAAGAUAGGAGCAAGGGGAAAAUAAUAACAACUGGAAACCUGCCUAGUUCUGAAGAAAUCCGGUUAACAGUGAUGGCUGAGGAUAAAGGCUCUCCAUCUUUAAACAGCACUGCUGUGAUUACUCUUAAUGUGUUCGACAACCGUCCAUUUGUUCCUCAGUUUAAUGAGAGCCAAAUCAGCAUUUCAGUGUUGGAAAACACGGGAGUGGAUCAUUUAAUUUACACUUUUGUUGUGGCUGAAACUUUAGGAAAACCGAUUAUUUAUACAGUUGUAUCUGGCAAUGAAAAAGGUCAUUUUAGGUUGGAUCCAGAAAGUGGUGAGCUGAAAACGGGAAUUAAUUUGAACUAUGAGGAGACUUCUCAGUAUGUGAUUGUAAUUGAAGCAAAUGUGAAUGUCUCGACUGCUGCAGUCCAGUCUUCAGGCCUGUUUGCUCCAAAUGUGGCAAUGCUGACAAUCUCAGUGCAGGAUGUAAAUGAAGAGCCAGCAUUUUUGCAAAGCGUCUACUCUGCUCGGGUGCCAAACUCUGUGCCAUACAAGUACCCGGUUAUUACAGUUCAGGCCACAGAUCCAGACUCAGGAGACAAUGGACUUCUGCUGUACAGUUUAGUGAAUCAUCAAACAAAUGAAUUUGACAUCGAUGAAAAUACAGGGCAGGUUUUUACAGUUUCUGUAGCAGGAAAGGUUGGAACAUUUUAUCUGGAAGUCCAGGCUGCAGACCAAAGUGGAAAAGGACUCACAGCCCAGACAAAAGUCAAUGUAACUGUUGAUUCCAGCUCCAGUAAAAACAUUGUGGUACUUGUUCUUAAUCAGAAGAUCAAUGUUGUUGAAAAAAACAUUGCUGAAGUAGAAAGAGUCAUAGAAGAUAUACUUGCAUGGAAUAUAUACAUUGUUGAUGUUUAUUCCAAUGAGUUUGAAAGAAGAACAAGAGAAAGCACUGAUGUAACCUACAUAAAAAUCAUUGCUGUUGAUGAGGCAAACCAGGAAAUACCUGCAGAAGAUGUAAAAAGAAAACUUAGGGAGCAGAAGGCAAACAUUGAGAAGGAACUUCAGAAGAUAUUUUCAACAUCUGUUACCGCUGACAUAGAAGAGACUCCUGCUGACUCGACAACUCCUGAACUCAUUGCAACUAUUGUUCUCAGUGUUCUGUUAGCCUGUACCCUCAUAGCCUUCCUGGUAUAUGUGGUUAUUUCUAUAAAAAGGAAAAGAAUGUAUGAACAACAGUAUUCAGUUAAGAAGCUACAUGAAGUGGAGGGUAUUGAUAAUCCGAAUUUAGCUGACAUAAAUGGAAGUCUGAACAACCUAGCGAAACCAGAGGAUACAAAUGAAGUAAGAACUGAAACAAUAGCAUUUAGCAACCUGCAGGAUACCAAAGAAGGCAAUGCUGACAAAGACGUACUUCAGGCCAAUGAAAAGUGCAAUUACCUUGAGACACUAUUAGAUAUCAGCAGUGAACAAGAAAAAAAGGUAGCUUCUGAAAAUGCCGCUCUACCUAGAAAUGACUGCUCAAAUCAUGACUCAGCUCCUUCACUUACUCCUUCACUUACAGAGAAAGUCCCUGAGAAAGAAAUAAAAGGAGUAAAAUUUUCAGAAGCGGCAAUUAUUUUGGAUACAGAAUCUGAACUAGAUGAGUCCGAUGAUGAUAGCUUUCCUCAGUAACAGUGCUUGACAAAGAGAACUUUUAUGAAAGCCACAAAACCACUGUAACAAUACAAAAUUAAAUGUGUAAUAAUUG